CCUUGGCACCCAAAUCCAAUCUUGUGUUGCAGUGAUUUCUACAAAAAUUCUUCGUCAAGAAAUUGGAAGAAAUUCAUGGAAACCGAACAGCAAGCAGAAUCAUCCCUAGAUGCAUCCAAAUCAAACAGCUCAAAUUAUGUAGCACAUGUCAAGAAGCUGCUGUUUCGCCCAAUGCUGGUUGGAAUCAAGGACGGGCGGUUCUUUAUAGGUACAUUCUAUUGCAUGGAUAAGCAAGGAAACAUAAUUCUUCAAGAUGCUAUAGAAUAUCGGAGCACUAGACGUUCUUCUCCCUCCCCGAUGGAGCAUAGAGGUGUUGGUCUCAUUUUGAUUCCUUUCUCUUGUCGAACUUCUUGUCAUGUGGAUUGCGCCAUUGAUGAACAGUUGUCUCUGUUAUCAUUACAGGAGAAGAAAUCAUAAUAUUUGAUGUGCAUAAUUUAUUCGCUCGACAUUAUUUGGAUUUUUCUUACGUAGUGUUUUCAUUUACAUUUCUUUUCCUUCGAUCACGUGUUCUUGGGUUUGUCGUGAACUCCUUUGCUUGACGGUAAUUUAAGGAUUACUUUUGAGUCUCAUAUUCUUCGUAGAAAGUCUAUUGUUGGUUUAUAAGCA